UGGCGUCAGUAGCUCAACUCGUUUGCAUGGCAGCUCAGGGAGGGUGGACAACAGGAACGUUUUCCGGGUUUCUCUUCCUGGGCUGGCACAGCGCUGGAGGCGAAAAGGUUCAUUGACGUUAUUUUAAAGUUAUAUACAGGCUUAUUGGACAUCCAUUAAACAGCAGUGAUGUCUCAGUCUGGAGAGAAAGGGAAGUUCCCAGAUGCUGCAGGAUAUGUAGGGUUUGCUAAUCUCCCAAACCAAGUUCACAGAAAGUCAGUGAAGAAGGGUUUUGAAUUCACCCUGAUGGUUGUAGGGGAGUCUGGUUUGGGCAAAUCUACAUUGAUAAACAGCCUGUUUCUCACAGAUCUCUACCCUGAACGUUACAUCCCCGGUGCUGCAGAGAAGAUUGAGAGGACAGUGCAGAUUGAGGCGUCAACUGUAGAGAUUGAGGAGAGAGGAGUGAAACUUCGCCUCACGGUGGUCGACACCCCUGGAUAUGGAGAUGCCAUAAACAGCCAGGACUGCUUUAAGACCAUCAUCCAGUACAUCGACAAUCAAUUUGAGCGAUACCUCCACGAUGAGAGCGGCCUGAACCGAAGACACAUAGUGGACAACAGAGUGCACUGCUGCUUCUAUUUCAUAUCGCCGUUUGGACAUGGUCUAAAACUUCUGGAUGUGGAGUUUAUGAAGGCCAUCCACAGCAAAGUCAACAUCGUCCCUGUCAUUGCCAAGGCUGACACACUGACACUGAGGGAACGGGAUCGCCUGAAGAGGAGGAUCUUGGAUGAAAUCGCAGACCACGGCAUCAAAAUUUACCAGUUGCCUGAUGCAGACUCCGAUGAGGAUGAGGAGUUUAAGGAGCAGACGAGGGUUCUCAAGGCAAGUAUUCCUUUUGCUGUCAUUGGCUCCAACCAAUUGAUUGAAGUAAAAGGGAAGAAGAUCCGUGGUCGUCUUUACCCCUGGGGAGUUGUAGAAGUGGAGAAUCCUGAGCACAAUGACUUCCUAAAACUACGCACCAUGCUCGUGACCCACAUGCAAGACCUCCAGGAGGUAACUCAGGAUCUGCACUACGAGAACUUCCGCUCCGAGAGGCUGAAGAGAGUGGGCAGAGGUGUGGAUGAGGAUGUGGUGGAUAAAGACCAGAUUCUGCUACAGAAAGAAGCUGAGCUGAGACGCAUGCAGGAGAUGCUCGCUCGGAUGCAGGCACAGAUGAACAUGAAGGCAGACGAGUGAGUUGGAGCAGAAGGGAAGUGUGAGGGUCUUUUGAGUGACACCAACACACAGGGACCUGGUCCUGAAUCCAUCUGUGACGCCCACCUUUACUCCCCCCCAGCGGGACCCUGGUAUCUGGGCACAGUCUGGUCUGAAUCAUUAUCUCCACACAUCUGCAUGCUGUCGCCUUGCCUUCCGUCCAACAAUCCAUCCAGCAGCUCCACCGUCAUGUUUUCUUCAACAUUUUGUUGUACUGUAGUUAUAGUCCAGGUAUGGAAUCUCUGUUCAGUAUUUUUUUUUUUUUUUGUGCCCUAGUUUGCAGAGUGUGACUGAACAGGAUUAGGAAAGGAUCACUGAAAAGAGUACGUAUUAGUGGAUGGUUAGCAUUUCUACAUGUUAUUUCCACUCUGCUGCCAUUGAAAAGUUAAAAUUCCUUAUGGAGUCUGUCACAUCAUGUUUACAAAAAUGCUUGCAGGUUUAUGUUUUUUCUUCCAGCCAUCAUUUGAACUGUUGUUCAGUUUUUCCAUUUAAUUUCAUAUCGGUUUUCAUCAUGUAGGAUCAUAUUAAAGUUAAGUCAGUUAUUGUUUUUUUGUUGUUUGUUUGUUUUUUCCGUUGCAAACCGUGUGACCUGCGUUGUCAGUGCUAAGCAACUACUACUGUCCAAAUAAUACUGUCCAGGAAUUGCAUAUAUUCAGUGAUAUUGUUUCAUGUUUGGAAAAGCCUGUUUGUACACUACGGAGUGGUUUUUAAUCUAUGCAGGCCUCACUGAUACAAGUGUCUGACUUUCAUUAUUUAUGCAAUUCCCUGUUUAAAAGCAAAUGUUAUACAGCAUCAUAAAGUAUUAGCUCUUCUGUUUCAUUCUAUUUUUUUGUUGUUACCAUAUCAAACUCAUGAACUAGAACCAAGUUCUUUGCCAUCUCUCCUGGGAUAUUUGACCUUGACGUAGGGGAUGACCUUUUUGCAAACUUCACACUGUUGAAAGAGUUGUUUAACUGAUGAUUUAACAAAAUUGUAACAUGUUUAUUCAGGUUGCCUCUUUUAUUUGAAUUUCUUUGGUUUGAAUAUCUGAAAUAUUUAUGAUGAGGUACACACAAAAAUAUAAGAUUUGGAAGGAGGGCAAAUAUUUUCCAUAGUGCUGUGUUCUGGCUGUAUGUGCUUUUAAUUCCCUCCAACCUUCAGUUUACACCAGAAUCAUCCAGCCUUAAGUUAGCACUAAAACAGUAACCUUUCUGUUCACCUUUGAUAUUUAUGGUCCACUGAUUAUGCCAUUGCUUCUAACUUUUUUUUUUUCUGUUAAAACUUAAUAUGAAACAUAAUUAUUGCUUGUAUUUAAAUGUGCCUCAGUGUAAAGUCUUAUUUUUAACGGUCAACGUUGUUUUUGCAUUUCUCACUAAUAAAAUCGCUUUUGAGAAGCUCAUUUGA